AUGGCUCCUGGUGGCCCCCCGGAGGAGGCUCGCGUGGCCGAGGAGGAAAGUUUCGAAAGCCCGCACGAGGAGAAGUUCUCUCGCGAUAUUCGACCUCUCGAUGCCGAUGGAAACGAGGUUAGCAUGUGGGCUGUCGACCCAGAUAAGAAGGACGACGACAGCGAUGAGGAAGAGUCUUCCGAAGAGGAAUCUUCUGAAGAGGAAGAGGAAGAGGACAGCGAGAAGGAGUCUGGUGCUGGCCCUUCUCAAGAACAAACCCAAGAGCAGUCACGCGAGGCUCGAAAGGCCGAGAAGAAAGCUCGAAAGGAGGCUGCCAUAGCCAGGCAGAAGGCCAAGACCGUCGAAGUUGGUGAUCUGCCCUCGAGCGACGAAGACGAGAGCGAAAGCGAAGAGGAUGACGAUAUGCCUGCAAACCCCAAUCACUCGAAGAAGGCUCGCAAACAGGCGGCAUCCUCUGGUGUCGACGAGAUCACAGAUGGUGUCGAGAAUCUGCAAGCAGCACCAAGCCGACGCGAGCGUGAAGCUCUCGAGGCUGCAGCUGCUAAGGAGAGACACAUGCGCUUGACAGCUGAGGGCAAGACGGACGAGUCUCGGGCCGAUCUGGAGCGUCUCAAGGCCAUCCGUGAGCAGCGUGCUCUCGAUGCCGCGCGGAGACAGGCUGAACGUGAAGAAAGAGAGGAGCAAGAGAAGGUCAAGAAGGCCGAGUUCGAGGCUAGGGAGGCUCGUCGGCGAGAAGCUGCUGCUGGAAAGAAGGGCAAGAAGAAAUAG